AUGUCAAUCGAAAUCACCCCGCUAGCUCAGGCCGAUAUCCCCGGCGCUGUAGAAUGUGUGCAACAAGCGUUUGCCGACGAUCCAUAUUUUCGAUGGGCUUUUGACGAUCCAUCUAAGUUCAAUGUCCAACGAAAUGCAGCCUCUCUCGCCGCUCAUUUCCAAUAUGGUAUCAGCUGCGCUUGCCCAAUCUCUGUCGCCAAGAUCACCCGUGCUGCUAGCGACGAUAAAAGCGAAGCACAUGUAAACCUGCCACCUGGUAGCGUGGUCGGUGUUGCCUGGUGGUACUCGCCGCAAGCGCAGUCAACACCCCAAAGCUGGAAUAUUUGGGCGCAGGACUGGAUCCUCUCCUUCCGCCAAUUGAUGAAUAAUGUCCGCUUCCUCGGUCGUGGCGGAUUGAAUGUUGAUCGAUACCGAAUUUGGAAGCGGGUUCAACAAACUGCACACGACACGAUCUGGCAGGACCCCCGUGGUUAUUACUUUUGCAAUGUUGUUGGUGUUAACUCGCAGGCCCGCGGCAUGGGUGUAGGGAAGAAGCUUAUGGCGGAUGUCAUGGACAAGGCCGACCGGGAAAAUAUGCCAUGCUAUCUCGAGAGUUCUAAAGGGUACCCUAAUGUGGGUAUAUAUGAAAGAAUGGGCUUUGAGUUGGUCAGAGAAAUUGAGUGUGUUGAUGGAGGGGAUGUUUGCAAGCUUUAUUGCAUGAUUCGCAGCCCCAGAUCCAAGGCAUAG